UCGGCCAGACCUCGGGUCGCAUCGGAGGACUGUUGUGUGUUUUGUUUUGCUUGUCUGGAAGCUGUCUGCUUGUCUGAUCACUGUACCUAACCUUCUGUCGGCCACUCACCCUUACGUCUAGCGUCAAACACCUGCGUUCUGUACGGCAAAGUAAAGGAUAUCGGUACAGUCGAGAACAAGUCGGUGAACAGCGCCAAUGUUAUAGCGCCGUGCAUUACCUUACGAUUAUUAACAGUAGGUCGUUGUGGGUGACAAAUGGCAAUACAGUGUUCGUUGUUCACUUUCCACGUCGUGGGCUUAUAGUGCUUCACGAUGACAACUUCAAUAUUUGCUUGCCGUCAUCGGAGCUUACACCGCCGUGAGGUAAACGUUCCACUAAGUCUACGGUAGUAAGCUCGUGGUGUAGACGCGCCACAUCGUACCGGUGGGGUCUGGCAAGAUUAUAGUGUUGUAAAUGACAUUUUUCAAACACGCCUCUCGUUCGCCUUCUCCAUAGGCCACAUCAAUCAGACCCUGACCUAUUUCGUCCCGGCCGAUACCUUUCAUCUUGAGCCAGCUGUAAUUAUGCAACGCUCUGUCGCCACCGUUAUCUGAAGCAAGGUCUCAAUGUGCACAGGUCCGUGUGAGCGUCGGUUGUGCCCUCCGCAACCAGAUGUUUUGCAGCUUGUAAUAUGAAAUCAGGAAGUGAAUAUACUUUUCACAAAAGAAAAAAACAAAAACCUAAAGCACUGCGCUAUUGGCGUGUCAGGUGUGGACGGUUCAGAAAUCACGUAGCCCUCACGUCAAUCCCCCAGUUGCUAUGACACCAAGCGCCUAUGAUUGGUUCCAAUUGAAUACGGCAAUAGGUAGUUCUGUAUUUGGUCGUCUCACACUGGCCAUCAGACAAGGGGUCGCCACCGUUUGCCGUUUGAGAUUCCAGUCCAUCGGACGCAUCGUGGUUUGAGUUCAGUGCACUCACUUCCUUUUCCGUGACAAUAACGCUAACGCUGCUAGAAACGCGUCAUUGCGUUUGAAGGCUAUUUUCAAGAGAUGAGGCUUGGCGUGACUACGUGACUACUGACAGGCGAGUAGGUAAACAGGUGCGUUUGGCAUCUGGGACACGCAUGAGAUCAUCGGAUCCGUAUGGAGCGGCCUCAGCGGCUACGGCUUUGUGAUGAUGCAAUACGCAGAACCUCGGGCCAAGUUCUAACCGAGGUGAUGCAAAAGGAGUGGGGUGGCUCGUACUCGGAUGUUGUUGAUGCUGGAUACGCGAAGGAUGAACAUACGGGUGCAUGAGUUGUCCAGCAGUCUCAGCUGUGAUUACAUGAAUAUGUGUUCUUAUCAGCGCCACUUCUUCAAUCUGCAAACCAAAAGACACUAGAUGUUGAUACCGAACCGAUAACUUUUGAUUGAUUUAACGUCCAUCGGUUCACUAGAUGCGCCUAUCUAAAUGGUGAAAAGGGCACGCGGGCUUUCUGUUUGUUCGCGAGCUGAUAUGCCAUCCAUCGCCAUCGGCUUCACUCUUCUCCGCUGGUACGUCACACUGUCUGGGACGACCUGCUCAGGCUGCCUGAGGCACUUCUCUGUAGGACUACGUUACGAUUCGCUUGGGAUGAUGCAACAAUUUGGAUUUUGCCAGAAAUCGAGCCCACCCAAUGGUGCCAGGUGCCAGGUUACGCUGUGUUGCAUUUUGUGUUCCAUUUUUGUACGGGGCUUAUCGGACAGUAAAUGCCUGAUUACAUUCAUCUCCCCGAUUACCACCAAGCUCGGUACUUGAUUGGUUACCCUGUUGGACUAAAGUUGGACUGCGCUAAUUCAAUUCAAUCAUGUAACCAUCGAUGAUUCGGCUAGUAUGAGAGAUAGUGGGAUCUUUGCGAGUUGCACGGCAUUAUCUAAGCUUACAGUAGUCCCGACGAUGACCAACAGAUUCGUCAAAGCGUGAGUAAUGUGCGUAAUGAUUGAUUAGCCUGCUUCGAUGAGGAAAUGAGUCACAUACUGUCGUCGGAAUCAGUCUGGUAACAGAAGGAUAAUGUAAUUACCCAUUGUUUUUGGAGCGCCUCUUUGGUGCUGAUAACAGGAGGUAUUACCAUUCGGCGCCCUUCAACAGGUUACGUACUGCUGCCUCACUUAGCAUUAGCAAAUGUUUGACCAGCUUGUCCAGCAGUUGGAACUGCGCAAAGUAACUAGAACCACCAGAGGGGAGUGGAGUGGACUUUGUGCUCCUGAGUAGCUCAGACAAUCCAGAUGCCCGUGCGUCUAGAGGGCCGGCCGUGGUAGUGAAGUCGCUUGUAAAAAGGGAUUAUCCAGGCAACCCACUCCUGCGGGCGCAGACCGAUGGCAUCAUCGAAUGCGCAUGUUCCGGUACAACCGGUCGAAGUUGGUGAUAGUCAGCGUGUACCCGUUCGCACAGGCUGCGAGCACACACACACACCCUGAUUGCGCACGGGUGUGUCGAUCGAUCCGUGGAUCUCGACGUCCAUCACCUUCGGGGUUCGGUCACGUGCUCCUCGUGCUCGCAUUU